AUGAAAGACGUGACUGUGGGGAGACGAGAUGGUUUAGACGUCGUCGUCGUUGUUCUUCAUUCAAAUGGAAAAGAAGUGGAAAGGGCUGAAGAAAAAUCAAGAUUAAAGGUGGUGGUGGGUGGAAAGCAAUCCUUUUUCAUGUUGAUAGGAAAUGGCAGAGAAGAAACAUCUCAUAAUGGAACCGAUUUAGUAUCGUCAACAAAGACUGAUGAUGAUGACUGUGGUGGAAGAAAUCAAAAAGGAAAAAAACCACGCGAGGGAUUGAAAGACUCUUCCGACAUUCUUCAACGGGAUAGUUUUGCCAAUUUGCGCUAUUUAUUCAUAAAAGGUAACCCUCAUCUACAUGAAAGUACUAUUGAAUGUCAAAGGGUAGCAAGGAUGCUGAUUACUGUUGCUACUCAUUUGGUUACAGACUUUAAUUCAACUGUCAGAAACUUUGCUAAUCAACCGUUCUUCAACAAUCUUUCUUCAAGCAUUCAUAAUUUCUAA